AUGGAAGAUAGCAAGUCAAUAAAGAAAUUAGAGUCCAACUCAACUCAUCAAAUAGUCUUAAAUACUAGAUUCAAUACAAAUAGCAAAAAUUCCAUUUAACUCUAUAGCAAUCAAUCAUCUUACAAUCGUCCUUAAUUCUACAAAGCUAAAUAAACUGUUCUAGAGGAAGAUGACUAUUACAAAUACUUGGAAGAGAUAAUUAAGAGAGAUUACUUCCCUGAUUUGAUUAAGAUGGAAGCCUAUAAGGAAUACAUCGAGUAAGAGCAAUAAAAAGCCUAUAAAAAUGCGAUGGGUUUAAAAACAGGUUCAACUUAAAGAAGCGUCAGAGCUCAUAAUAUUCCUUCAGUGUUAUUGAAAGAAACUCCUUUGGAUAAGGACAUUUUCGAUAGGAGAGAUCCUUUUGAUAAAUUUUUAGAGAGAAAAAGAGAUCCAAAAGGCCAUGAAAAAAAUAAGAAAUAGAAAAUUAACUAGUAGCUUAUAGAAUCAUCCGAAUAUUAAUCUUAAUUCGAUUUUGAUGAAGAUUAAAAGAGGAAAGCAAAAGAUGUAGAUGUUUCCAAGAUGGGCCUUGAUGAAUAUCUGCGAAGAUUUACCUCUGAGGAUAAUAGUUCAUUUUAAGAAAUACAUUAAAAAGAUAGGUAAAAAUUUCUCAAUAAGAUUGCAUGGAUGUUCAAUGAUCACGAUAAAUAUGCAAAUUUAAACCAACUCUCAAUUGAGAAUUAGCCUAAUCUUGGACAGCCCAAAACAUUACUAUCUGAAGCCUAGUAGUUAGAUGAAGUCAAUAAAUUUAACUCUAGGACUGUCCCUGGAUUGACCUACGGAGAUCAUGAACCCUUAUCCUCUCUAUUCUUUAGAAAGCCUGAGGAGGAUUUGGGAAUAGUUUACGAUCACUAAAUAGCAAUUUAAGAAAAAUUAGAAGACAUUAAUGCCAAAGAAACUAUACUCAUAAAUGAGCAUUUGAUUAAGAAGUCUAACACUAGGUUACCAUCCAAGUUUUUAGCUGAGUUUCUUGACAAAGAUGAAAAAAUUAAGCAGUCUAUCAUUCAAAAAGAACUUGACAAGAAAAGAGGUGUCUUUCCUACGCAAAUUGAGUUUAAAAGGCCUUUAGACAAAGAAUUAUUAAAUGGUGGUGGGUUCAAAAGACCUUUUGACAAAAGAAAUCCAGGAGAACCUAGCAUAGAUUUAAGUGAUAUGAUGGCAAUCAACAGAGGAUAAAAGCCGAGAAAUUCUAACUAAACCGAGUAAACUCCAAUGAUUAAUGGAUUUAAAUUGAUUUAAGGAACGCCUAUAAGGUCAAGUGAUAAUACAGCUGUUACAUCUAAAAAAAUAUAACUAGAAGAAUCCCCUAUGAUUACAUGGGGUAAAAUAGAGGGUAAGCCAUUGUUUUUGGGGACAACUGAGAAAAAUGAAAAUAAAAAAUAAUACUCUAUUCCAUAGAUAUCAGUAAGAGAGGAUUUAAGUAUUAAGAUGGCUAACAAAACCUCUUCUAAAAAAAGAGAAGAAAAAGCAAAGCAGAAGAAGGAUAUAGACAGAAAACUACAGGGCACCGCUCUUAGAUCAACUUAAGAUUUGUCUGAUGCUGGGAAAAAAUUACUAACUAAUCUGAUAAAAACAAAUCAGAGAUAGACUGGAAAUUCAAAUAAACUUGUUGAAUCAGUGUAAGGGAGAACACCUCUAGUUAAAAGAUAAGCAUGA